AUGUCCGACGCUCAGGUUCCUGUUUGGUUGGACUGUGAUCCUGGUCAUGAUGACGCUUUCGCAAUUCUUCUUGCCGCUUAUCACCCCCAGAUCAGACUGCUCGGCAUCUCAACAGUUUUUGGAAACGCCCCUCUUGAGAACACCACACACAAUGCGGCCUCCGUUCUGACCGCCAUUGGAAUGCAUGAUAUUCCUCUGUACAUCGGUCUAGGAAAAGCCCUCGAGCGUCCUGCCCUCCAUGCCCCAACAGACAUCCAUGGCGUGUCUGGACUAGACGGCACUGAUCUUCUUCCUGAGCCAGUUGUCACUCCCUCUACCAUGCCAGCCGUUGAGGCAAUGGCUGAGGCUUUGCGAGCCCAACAACCCGGCACAGCAUGGAUUGUCGCGACUGGUGCGCUGACCAACGUUGGAGCUCUAUUCCGCGCAUACCCAGAGCUUAUCAGCCACAUCAAGGGUGUCAGUCUCAUGGGCGGCUCCAUCGGCGACGGCUUCUCAGACGCGCCGCUGGGGGAGGUUGAUGGUCGACCUAGAAUCGGAAACUACACACCUUGGGCUGAGUUCAACAUUCUUGUCGACCCCGAGGCUGCUGCGACGGUCUUCCAUAACAAGGAGAUCGCUGCCAAGACCACAAUUGUGCCGCUUGACCUUAGCCAUCAGGUGCUGGCUACACCCGAAGUGAGAGACAUGCUUUUGUAUGGACCUGAUGCUGAAAAGACGGGCCCUGGAAAGACCCGACUCCGAACCAUGCUUGUCGAGCUCCUUUACUUCUUUGCCCAGACAUAUGCCGAUGCUUUUGGUAUCACUGCUGGCCCCCCUCUGCAUGACCCUAUAGCUGUUGCCGCCGUUCUCAUUGGCACAGAAAGCGAAAUCCCCUUCUUUGAGUGGGAUGCUAAGCACAGCCAGCCUCCUCAGCACGACGAGCGCUUCGACGUUACCGUCAUCACUGAGGGUACCUUUGAGGAAGCCAAGGCUGGUAAGCAAACAGGUCGCACAAUCGCCAAGUUACUCCCUCCUGGUGAGCAGGGCGUUAGAAUUCCGCGUGGAGUCGACACUGCCAAGUUCUGGCAGGUUAUUGAAGAGUGUAUUGAGAGAGCAGACGCAAAGAAUGCUGCACUUGCUCUUGCAUAA